AUGUUAACGGUUCCUAACAGAUGUUCAGAAAAGCUUCAUUACAAAAGACGGAAAGAGAAAGAGCAACUGGAAAAAGAAAAGAAGGAAGUGAACAGAAGAAAGAGGAGUCGGUCAGGGGAUGAUGAUGAUGAUGAUGAUACUGAUAAUGAGGGGAACAAAGAAAGGAGUAAAGGGAAAAAGGCUUCAAUCUCUACUAGUGAACAUAGAGCUGAUGAUGAUGAUGAUGACUUUGAUGAGUUUCUUGAGGGAAUGUUUCCUUGA